AUGGGAUGCAACCAGAACAAGCCAAAUCCACCCAUAUCAACCUAUGCAGAGGUUCUGAAGCGUUUGUGGAAUCGCAGACAUUUGACAGAGAAGGAGAUCCUGAGACGUCUGGUGACUCGGCACAUCGACACGGAAAAAUAUGGACUUGGAUUGACAAAAUUCCGUGAAGCUCGCCUUACUUUGGGCUUAAAAGGAACUAGACAGCAGGGCAAGUCGUUUUAUAGUUUUGAAUAUCCGCAUGUUGACAAAAUUUUAGCUCACACGGUGGAUACAAUUUCAGAUGCUAUGGUUGUACUUCGCCAACACUAUCCAAAGGCUGGCCGAGAUGAAAUGGUUAACCUUCUUUUUCAUGAGAAAAAGAUGCGAGUAGCAAAAUCAGUCGUAACAGCAUGGUUUGAUCAAUGGGAGCCAGACUUGGUCCGUGAGUGGAAGCAUGCACGUCUGCGGCACAAACACUUUUGGGCAGCUGGAGGUAAUGAUCUCUGGUGUAUAGAUCAACAUGAUAAGUGGAAAAAAUUUGGGCUUGGAUUACACACUGGCGUCGAUCCAUUCAUUGGCCAGAUCAAGUGGCUGAAGAGACUGUGCGACAGCUUGGAUAUACAUGCCUUAUCCUUCAAAGUGAUCCCGGAUCCGAGAACUUCUGUGCUGCCAAGGGGCAUACCUAUAUCCGAUCCUCACUUGAUCCAAACCUUGAAGGCACCAUACAACAUCGAUGGAAGCAUGAAAAGAAGAACAUUCCUCCAGCGGCGAUUUACCCCAGGAUUUGAAGAUAUUCUUGAUGUGCCAAGUUGCAUUCCAGAUAUUCAUUAUGACCGGUCCAAUCCAUUACAGUACAAUAUAUUUAAGUGGCUGUUUAUUCCAUGGCUUCAGGCUGAGUUGGAUGGAUGGUCAGAACACUACAACAGGAAAAGAAAAAGAUAUCAAAAAGAUAAAAUCCUUCCCCAGGGUGGGUCCCCAGAUGAUAUGGAAGAGUAUCCAGAGGAAUAUGGUUUUGUGAAUUUCAAGAUUCCCAUUGAUUCCACUACACCAUACUUGCAAGAAGCAGAGAACUUGUGGGCUCCAAGGGACCAUGAGGUUUUUGAGCUUGUCCCAAAGGAUUUUGCUGUUCUCAUUGAACAUGUGUAUGUGCAUAUACUCAAUAAGCCUGAACUCACCCGGGAGAAUGUAUGGUCAGUAUACAUGGACAUUCUGGAGUGCUUGGAACAGCUUCCCACUGUAAAAGAACUCCCUCUAAGUGGAUAUAAUGAGGAUGAUGAAGACUAUUCACUUAAUACUGGGGACAAGGAGAUGAUUGCACACCUUGGGCCAGAGUUACAGAACUUGCAACAGCUUCUUGUUGAUCAGGAUGAAUACUAUAUGGGUGGAGUUAACAGUGGACUUGGUGCUGAAGGUGACAUCAUGGGGGAUGAGAGUGUCCUGGACGUAUACUGUGAUUUUAGUUCUGAUGAGGAGAGGAAUACUGGGGAUGAUUUGUACAACGCACACCUGGACAAUGAUUCCGGGUCUGAGGUUGCCCACCUGAUUGUCCAGCACAGUGAUAUUGAUAUAUAUUGUAAUAAUAAACCAAGGAAUAUGUAUUUUAUUUACGUAUCAAAUUGA